AUGAAGCGUAAGGAGUUCCUGUCGCCGUCCAGGUGCCCGAGCUCCGUCAGCAGCCGCAGCCUGGAGGGCUCCCCGUCGCUGCAGCCUGAAGACUCUGGAGGGCCAUAUCGUUGUCUGGGGUGCUGGAAUCUUGGUUGGCGGGCGUUUUUCCUCCAGGACUUCCGCGGUGGCACGCCCUGCCUGCCGGCCUCCGUGGAAGCUGCCCAGCAGUCGGCUGUUGGUCACGCCGGAGGUCUCCUGCCUGAGUUAGCAGCUUCUCUUGCUGCUUUCAGAAUCCCCUCUUUAGGGUUGCAAGGGAUCAACAACAGGAAACAGGGCAGACAGCAGCCGGAGAUGCUGCUGAAAAUGAAGUGUUCGCUUCAGGAUGGCAACCAGGAUGUGCAGCCCCUGAGGCCCCAGGACGCCCUCCCUGGACGCCAGGAGUGCUGGGUGCUGGAGACCACCGUCAUCUAUAUGCCAAAGCUGGAGGAGGAGCAGGCCAUCCAGGAGACGCCCCGAGGACAGUCAGAGCCUGAGCAGGAGGCAGCUCUGUGGGCCACCCGGUCGGCCCAGGGCCUGCGGGCCGCUCAGAGGGAGUGUGGGAUUGAGAUGACCUCUCUCAUCCGUCUGGAGCAGGGCUGCCCCCUCCAAGGGGCCACCAAGCCUGGGGACACUACCUCCUUCACUGUGAUCACGAUGCCCAAGGACUCGGAGGAGCCCAGGGACGGGCCCCCUCCGGGCGUUUAGAGCAAGUUCAUCCCCCAAGACCCCCAAGA